CUUUCUCCUCCACUUCUGUCUGCGCUCCGCACUGCAGUGAGGUGCUGGUCUACCAACAUUUACCAGCUGCUCGCUCACCUUUCCCUUUCUCUCUCUCUCUCUCUCUCUCUCUCUCUCUCUCGUGCUCCUUCGCUCUCAUCUUGGUGGCCUGCGCAGCUGCGAGUGAGCUCGCAUUGCCCCCUCCGUGCUUCUGCUCCCCUCGCAGGCGGCGCCGGCGCCGUGGCGACCAUGAAGGGCGUGGACGAUGCGUUCCUCGGCGUCGGAGACCAGCCUGGGCUGGACAUUUGGUGCAUUGUGGGCAGCAGCCUUGUCCCAAUUGCAAAAUCCCUUCACGGCAAGUUGUACACCAGGAACACCUACAUCAUCCUGAACACAACUGUGCUUAGAAGUGGGGUUCGCCUCCAUGAUGUGCAUUACUGGGUUGGGGAUGAGGCCAGAGAGGAAGAUUGCCUUAUGGCCUCAGAUAAGGCUGUUGAGUUGGAUGCAGCUCUGGGCUCCCACACGGUCCAGUACAGGGAAACACAGGGCGAAGAAUCUGAUAAGUUCUUGUCAUAUUUCAAACCGUGCAUUAUCCCGGUAGAAGGUAGCUUCUUUUCACACAUGGAAGGAUCUGGAGACAAAUCCAACCGGAAAACAAUGUUUAGGUGUGAAGGAGAGCAUGUUGCUCGAGUCACGGAAGUGUCAUUUUCACGGUCCUCCCUGGAUCACAAAUCGGUAUUUAUAGUGGACACGCUUUCAAAGAUCUUUGUCUUCUGUGGCUGUAAUUCAAGUAUGCAAACAAGGGCUAGAGCACUAGAUGUUGUUAAGCACCUGAAGGAAAACCGACACGCCGGCAGAUGUGAGAUUGCAGCAAUAGAGGAUGGGAAACUUGUUGGUGAUUCUGAUGCUGGUGAGUUCUGGAACCUGUUUGGAGGUUAUGCGCCUAUUCCUCGCGAUUUACCAGACACAGUCAAAGAGGCGCCGAUGACUACACCAUCCAAGAAACUUUUUUGGAUUAACAAGAGAAACCUUGUCCCCAUGGAGCCACAUUUGUUAGAUAGAGAAAUGCUGAACUCAGACAGAAGCUACAUACUGGACUGUGGCACUGAAAUAUUCUUAUGGAUGGGCAUGACAACACUGGUUUCAGAGAGGAAGUCAUCUGUUACUGCCUUAGAAGAUUAUGUGCAUUAUCAGGGUUCAUUGGACGUUCGCACAGUUAUAAUGACAGAAGGUCAUGAAACUGUCGACUUUAAGCUGCAUUUUCAGUAUUGGCCCAAGAAUGUUGAGCUGAAGUUAUAUGAGGCUGGUCGAGAGAAAGUAGCAGCUAUUUUCAAGCAUCAGGGUUACGAUGUCACAGAAAUUCCGGAGGAUAAACCUCAGCAGCUCAUCAGUUCUAAUGGUAGUUUGAAGGUUUUGCUGGUGGACCGUGGUGGUGUAACCCUCCUUUGCACUGAGCAGGAGCAACUGUACACAGGAGACUGUUAUAUCAUACAAUACAGUUAUGUUGAAGAUGGAAAAGAUUACCAUCUUUUCUUUGCUUGGUCUGGCAAAAACAGUGUAAAGGAAGAUAGUGUGGCUGCAACAUCAUUGAUGUCAAGCAUGGCUGAUUCAGUCAAAGGGCAUGCGGUUGUGGCACAUGUGUUUGAUGGCAGAGAACCGGAUUUAUUUUUCUCAGUGUUCAAGUCAUUGAUCAUAUUCAAGGGGGGCAGGAGUGCUGCAUAUAAGAAUUCUGUUCUACAGAAAAGCGAUAGAAAUGGAUGUUAUCAGAAGGAUGGAAUCGCCCUAUUCCGUGUUCAAGGGCUGAAACACGAUUGUGUGCAAGCCAUUCAAGUUGAUCCGGUCGCGAGUUCACUUAAUUCCUCAUAUUGUUAUAUUUUGCAAGACGGUAGUUCUUUCUUGACUUGGCUAGGAAGCCUCUCUUCACCAAGUGACCAUAAUCUACUAGACAGGAUGGUGGACAAGUUGUGUACAUUGAAACAGUCCCUGUUAGCCAGAGAAGGCUCUGAACCGGAUCGCUUCUGGAAAGUGUUAGGAGGAAGAUCAGAAUACUCCAAAGAGAAGCACGUCAAGGGUUGGCCUGCGGAUCCACAUCUGUACACUUGCAGUUUUGAACAAGGUCUGCUCAAGGCCAAAGAGGUAUUCAGCUUCUGUCAGGAUGACCUGGCCACUGAAGAGACAUUGAUUCUGGACUGCAAAGAAGUCUACGUUUGGGUUGGACUGCACUCAGAUGUUACAUCCAAGGAGCAGGCACUCAACCUUGGCAAGAUGUUCCUUCAGGCAGACAUUCUUCAGGAUGGAAGAUCGAUCGAAACAACGGUUUAUGUUGUCACAGAAGGGGAUGAACCUGCAUUUUUCACCGGCUUCUUCGACUGGGACAGUUCAAAGCAAUCGUCUAUGGUUGGCAACUCAUUUGAGAGGAAGCUGGCCCUCCUGAAAGGACUCUCACCAAAACUCGAGACACCGGACAGAAGCAUGCGCCGGCCGUCGUCGAGGAGGCCCGGGAUAUCGUCAGAGCCAACCACGCCGGAGCACCAGCAACACCAACUGGCAGCGAGGAGGGCAUUCGGCUCCGCCUCUACCGGGAGGUUGGCUAGGGAGCGCUCACCGGCUGCCGCACUGUCACCAUCACCGACAUUAUCCCAGUCUCCUAGAAGCCGCUCCUCAUCCAUGACGUCGGCGCCUACCAUGGUGGCACGGCGGCUCUUCCCCGCCUCACUACACACGUCGGAGGCCGUGCAUGUGCUCUCCGCGGGGACUCCUCGACGACGGUGAGAGCUACCAGAGGCCGGUUGCCGGAGGAUGAUGGAUGUUGUGUAUGCGUCUGUUAUCGUGCAUGUUCAAAUCACGUAGAGUCAGUGUUCUAGACGAUGGAUCAAUCUCUUCUCUUGUGUUGUGUAUUAUUGGUCUUGACGAGUUGAGGUAGAACAUUAAGUCUUACUUGAGACAAAUGACCAGUAAGAUCUAAUAGCAAUUGGUGUUAUGGGCAUCCAUCAGGUACUAUAUUUUGAAAUAUUGUUACAUUGUCUUAGCCACAUAGUCAUCGGUGUAGUUGGGGUAAAGUUGGAUGAUCGAUAUUGUAAUUGCCUCAAGGUCAAGAUAUGCGAUGAAAUUCUUGUUCUUGUUUAUUUUUUUCAUCAAGUGUUUACAGAUAAGAACAUAGUUGGAUUCAAGACUUAGUGUUAUUAAUUUAUGAAUAUUUGGUUUCAAGG